AUGUAAUAUGGUAGAAAAGGAGAGGAUUUAACAAGAUCUAGAAUUGAAAUUCUUGAAGACUUGACGAGAGAGUCUGUCGAAUCUUUAGAUAGUUUAUUGCCUUAAUUUCAUUGUGACAACAUACAACAAUUAGAAAUAGAGAGGAGAGUAGUUGCUUAUUUAAGAGCAUUGGGAAUUAAAUUUAAGACUGAUCCUACUUAAAAAGAAUAAGAGUUUUAGUAUGAAGUUUAUUAAUUUAGUGAAUACCCAAAAAAAGAUGGCAUAAUAUUUUAAUAAGUGAUAGGUGAAUCCCCAAUGAUUAAGAAUAUUUAAAUCAUAAAUUUUGGAACAGAUCAAAGUAAAACAAAAAGUGAUUCUGAAAAAUUCUUAAGUCCGUUUCUUCUAGGGAAAUAACGAUCGUUUGAAAUGUGA